AUGCCUAAUUAUUUAUUAAAACCAUUAACUCAACGCUUGUUCAUUCAUACUUAUAGAAUUCAUGUAACGGAUCAUUUGAUGUCUAGGACAUCAGAAUUACCCGCGGAAGAAAGAUUGAUCUACUUUGAAACUGAAAUGUUUAAAGACGUCAUCAAGGGGAAAAUAUUCUUGCUGCUUCAAAUUGAUAUCAAUUUUUAUGUUGAUUAA